AUGCUGUCCACCAUGCGGCGCCGAAAUUCGAGGCCGAGGGAGGGGGACACGCAACAUGGAGCACCUCAACGUGAAGAUCAAGCUCGCGGUCCCCCUCCCCGGCGUGGUGAAGAACGUCUGGAAGUUGGUGCAGCCGAUAGAAGGUUGGAUGCGCUGAUAGAGGAGGAAAGGGGUCGAGCUGUUUCCCUUCCAGCUGGGCCAGGUGUGAAGCGGUUGGAAGUGGCAGGAGGGAGAGCUCAAUCGAGCCAACAAGGCCAACUGAUGGGGCAGCUGCAGGGUCCAGUGACGGGACCACAGCCAGUGCCAGAUGCGCUGAGUGACCCCAGGGCAGAGGCGAUGGGGUUGGGAGCUCUUCAAGAUGCGGUUCGGCAUUCUUUUGGACUAUUGCAACAAGCACUUGGACGUCCAGUUCCUCAGCAAGGUCUACUUGGUCCUCUUCUUGGGGGAAGCGAUUCUGGAGCCAGACAUGGAGUCGUUCCUAAUACCGGAGGGGGUCCAUUGCUUUUUGCAUCGCCAGGAGCUGUGCAGAGUUCUCGUGGUGCAGAAGGGGAACGUUCGGGACACCUUGAAGGCCGUGUUGCAAGUGGUUCAGGACGGAAUGAUGGUUUGAAGACGCCUGGAAGUGGGCAGCCUGACAGGCACGGAGUGGAGCCUCGGGUUCUUGACCCCUAUGGAACUCCAGCUCAAGGGGCCAGUCAGGGAGUGAAUCCUUUUUGGAGUGAUGGGGUGCAGCGUGCAGUUCACAGCCAAGGUGAUCACGUUGCAGCCAGCGGCAACAAUGGUGUGCAGAGCUUCGAUGCAGAGGUCGAGAAGCUCAAGGCUAAGUGCUUGCGUGAAGCCGAAGAAGCUUUUGCAAGGGAGGUUAAGAAGCUUGGAGUGGCCGAGAAGACCGAGGCGGAGUCCUAUCACACUGCUUCCAGUUCUCAGGGCAUGCAGAAGGUGCCAAAUGGAAGUGGAGGUGCUCCUGCAGAUGGUCGAGCUCGAGGUACACCUCAAGGCCCAGAACCUCCACCAGGUUUGACUUCAGUUCGGAUUGGUUUUGAUGGGACGGUGGGUCCAACUGUUUCAGAAUCUCUUCGUCACCUUGAACUUCCUGCUUUGCCUGUGGUGGGAUCGGAUGGUGAGAAGGAUUCACCUGAGAAGGCCAAGGACGACGUGGUGCCCUAUGUCCUUGAAGACGACUACACCAUCAGCGGAGGAGACGAGGAGCCAGAGUGCAGGGAGUCAGAGCUCUGA